ACUGUUUAUCGGCAGUAUCGGCACGCCUGACGCCUCACCUUAAAUUUAUAUUUUUAUCUGUAAAUUUGAGUCGUCGAUGAUAAGAUAUAUUUUUUCAUACAAGUGAUGUAGAUUUUGGUGCAAUGGUCGCGUGUACAGCUGCUGGUUCUAGCUCUAUUUAUCACGAACGUCAGGUGAGAGAUCUCUGUGCGUUGCAUGCACUUAACAAUUUAUUCCAAGAAAAAGGAUUUAGUAAGCAAGAACUAGACCAAAUAUGCUACAACUUGACCCCUGAUGUUUGGAUAAAUCCACACAAGUCACCUCUUGGACUUGGUAAUUAUGAUGUAAAUGUGAUUAUGGCAGCAUUGCAGAAAAGAGGUUGCGAAGCUGUUUGGUUUGACAAGAGAAGAGAUCCCAGCUGUUUAUGCCUUGAUAAUAUUCAAGGCUUCAUUUUAAAUGUGCCAUCGGAAUACAAGUUUGGUUUUAUGUCAUUACCAUUCAAAAGAAGGCAUUGGAUUGCCAUUAAAAAGAUUGAUGAUGCCUUUUACAAUUUGGACUCUAAAAUAGAGUAUCCUGAAUUUAUUGGAAAAAACUGUGAAUUGUUAGUGUAUCUGAGAGAACAAUUAGAUAGUAAAGAAAAAGAACUUUUUAUUGUUGUGACCCGUGAAGUGGAAAAAAAUCAAAAAUGGCUAACAGAAUUCUGUGAAGAAAAUGCUUCAAAUGAAGAUGAUGAUAAAUUAAACAAAUAUAUUGAAGAAACAGUACUUGACGUUCCGAGUGAAAAUUCAGUAGUUAACUCUCAAGAGAAAACAAAUGAAUUUGAAAACGUUUGCAAUAACCAAAGUCUUAGAUAGUCAAAAUAUGAUUAAAAUUACGAUUAUUUUAAUGACAUAUUUUAUUACUUAAAUUAAAUUGCUCCAGCAAUCACCAAAACAGUACUAUAAAUAAAUUAUCACAUUGUUAGAAAAUUCUUAAAUUAUGCUUAUACUUACUAACGUAACUCACAGAAAUACGACGAAAUGCCACAACAAACUGAAAAAAAAUUAUAAAUGGGAUUUCCGAAGUGUAAGUUCUUACCACAACGUUGAAAAGCAAAUUGGAAUUACAACUUUCUACAGGUCAAGAUCAAUAAAAAUGCUUAAGACUGCACAUUUGACACCAUACCCGUGAUAACUGUCAUUUGACAAAUGUAAACUUUUUCUUCAUAUGCUUACAAUUCACGAUUCCAAAAUAAUUUAUCAACUUUUAAAUAACCAAUGUUUCUAUGAAGAACACUUAUAUUAUGAAAUGUUUAAAAAUUGUAUUACAUAAAAUUUUUUAAUGGAAGUGUUUAUAACAUUCGAAAAGAAAUAAGUAUAA